AUGAACGCGACUGGCGCGGACGACGGACACGCGGCGGAAACCGUUGGCAAAGAGUUCGCGGUCGGAUACUACAACGCGUUGACGGCCGCCGCGCCCGGGAACGAGGAACCCCUGGAACGGUUUUGCGACCACAAUUCGAAAUACCUGUUCUUGCGGCACGGGUGGGGAACGGAGUACCAGUUGCGCGGCGCCGGCGAAAUCGCGAGAUUCGCGGUCCGCAUGAAGUACCACGAGUGCGCCGUAGACGUGUUGUCGGUGGACGCGAUAAAAAUCGCCCGGCCCGGGGGAAUAUCCCCCUGGUUCGCGGUUCUCACGGUGUGCAAACUGAGCCGUCGCGGGACCGGUGUCGCACACGAGUUCGUCCAGUCCACGGUGAUCAGAUACGUUCCGCGCGCAUUACUCUCAUCCGAGAACAGGUUCACCAUUGUCGGCACCGUGUUCAAGUUCGCCGACGGCACGGCCGCCGACAACGGUUUCGAACCGGAUUUCGAAACGCCGCCCGUCGAACCGGACCCGGGACCGUUGCCGUCCGUCCCGAAACUGUUAUCGGACCAUCGCGGUACCGCCGGUGAUUGUCCGAGACCAGACGGCGGCGGCGGCGGCGGCGGCGUUGACGCGUUCGCGAUCGCCGUCAAGUCCGAGGGAACGCCGCGGAAAUCCAAAACGAGACGGGGGAAACAUAAGGCGGAAACCCGGGACGGUGCACACGACGCUCUCGCCGCAACAGUCAUUUGCGACGGCAGCGAAACAAACGGGAAAAACGCGGUGUCCGCGGACGGCACUCGCGUCGCCGGUACGGUAUCCGUUGCGCGACCGGACCGCCGUAGACGUUUGACGCCGCAAACCGAAUGGCCGGAACCCGCUGCGGCGCCCGUCGUCGUCGCCGGGUCCGGCGGGCCGGAGGAAACCGGAACGGAACGCGCGGCUAAUGACGCGGAAAUCGCCGCCGCGGUAAACCCCCGCAGCGCCGGGGGUUCGAGGGACGAUAACGCCGGGGUUCCGGUCGACGUCGAGCUGUACGUCGGCGGUUUGUCCAGGGUCAUCCAACGCGACGAAAUAUACCAGUCGUUUUGUCGGUUCGACGUCAUCGCGGACGUGCGCAUGUAUCACAGUAAGCGGAAGAAAAAAGGACGGUACUUUAGUAUCGUCCGGUUCUCGGAUCCGGCAAAGAUGGCCACGGUGGCCGAACUCGGGACGAUGGUUUUGAACAACGGCCACGCGGUUAUGGUGAGAAAGUCCGAUCCGAAAAUACAGGCCGUCGGAACGAACCGGUAA